AUGAUGAAUAAUAGCACCACCGCCGCCGCUGCCGCCUCUACCGCCGCCGCCGCGGAGGCGUUCCUCAGCUGGGGGGCGGUGGCGGCUACCGGCGGGUUCGAUCUCGAAGAGGCGCUGAAAGCGCCGUGGAAUUCGGACCGGCAGAUCGCGGACGCCGACAGCCUGGUUGCCGGCAUGCCGACCGUGUCCUUCGACGGCGGCGACAACGAGGGGAUUAUUUGUCCCGUCUGCAGGGAAGGGGUGGCCACCGCCGCCGCGCCGGGGAAGAGGGUCCCCUGCUGCGGACACGUGUACCACGCCGAUUGCCUCGCCGCCUGGCUCCACCACCGCGAUUCCUGCCCGCUCUGCCGCUUCACCAUCUCGCGGUUACAGUAA